GUGAUUUACGGUUGUGGGCACUUGAGCUGCGUCGUUCGCGAGCUGCUGCCGAGACCUGCGACAUCAUCUCCAAGCUACGGCACCGAGUGCUGCGCCCAAUCUAAGGUAGCCUGUUGACUGCCUCCCGGUGCAUCUGUGCUUACUCCCUGUGCUGAGAAGUGGAUGUUGUGCUGCCGCGGAAAAAUUGCUGGUUGCCGUUGUGCCGUCUCUCCAAGCAGUAAGCUGUCUUCUGUACUUCAUUGAUUAGUGCAGCCGGUACUAGUACUUGUGGCUGCCGUUGGAGAACCGUGAUUAGUGCAGCCGGAUAGCUCAUCUUUGCCUAGUGGCCGGAUUAAAAUACUUGUGCAGUCUGUGUGCAUUUGAGAGCAACCUGCACUAGUAUAUCUGCUUGGCUAGUAUCUACUCUGCUUGUACUGCCUGUGUGUUGUUGUUAGUGGAGAUCUGCAAAAACCAAGUCCUGUGUGUCUGGUUUUUUCUUUGUGUGGCGGUAAAUCAUGGCAGAUCCAACAAAGGGGAAAUCAGGGGAUACUAGUGUGGAUAAGUUGUAUGAAAUUUUAAGCAAAGUAUUUGAGCAGCAACAACAACAACUCAAAGUGGUUCCUGAAGCUGUCAAGUAUGCACUUGAGCCUAAUCCAGUGAAGUUGGCUGGACCGGGCAAUUAUAUCAGCUGGGCACGGCAUGCCCAGUUAAUUAUGAGUUCUCAUGGCUAUGAAGAAUUGCUUAGUGCCGAUGAAGAGAAACUGAAAAGUGGUACUAUCACCAAACAGAUCAAUGAUAGAGUUUUGGUGUGGUUAUUAGGAAGCAUGGAACCACCGAUACGAGAACAAGUUGAGACUUUGACCUCUGUAUUUGAAGUGUGGAAAGCUUUGGAGAAGCAAUUUUCAGGAAAAUCAAAUAAGAUGCAGGCUACUCGCAUCAUGCACGAGUUGACUAACUUGAAGCAAGGCUCAAAAUCAGUGACUGAGUAUGCAGGUGAGAUGAAGAGAUUGUAUAGGGAGUUGCAUUAUUACCAUCCUUUUCAACCUGUUGACAAGAAUGAUGUGGCUGUUCACCAUACCUGGUUUGAACCAUUUGUGGGCAAGCUCUUUCUUGAUGGCCUAAAUCAGGAGUUUGAUCUCCGCCGCCAGCUAAUAUUCUCCAAAACUGAAUGGCUAAGCCUUGAUGAUAUCAUUUCCAGUGUGAUUGAGGAGGAGACCCGUCUUGCUCAACCCAAUGAGCAUGUUCAAGAAAAAUCAGAUGCACGUGCAGCCCUAUCCAUACAAGCUCGUCGUGCUCCUAAGACCUUUGCUAAAAUAGAUAAAAGCAAACUAUUUUGCAACCACUGGAAAAGGCUUGGACACACAAAGGAUUCAUGCUUUGAGCUGCAUGGUUAUCCAACUUGGUGGGAAAAAGGAAAAUCUCAGCCAGAGAAGGUCAAGGAGCUCAUAAAAGACAGGCGAAUCUCACUACAUCCAAGAGGGAGCUACCGGUAGUAGAUGUGCGAGCUCUUGAGGAUUUCACCUCCAAGAUUAGACUCUCAGAAGACUUGUCUUCCUUCCAGGAUUCCUCUAAAGCUGAAACUAGUUUGCAUGCCACUUCACUCCAAGGAGCUAGAGACAGGGAGACUGUUGGGGACUGGGACCGUGCAUGAUGGACUCUACUAUCUUGAUGAAGGGAGUGAUGAAGUUGCUUUUGCAUCAUGCUUGUCUCCUAGUCAAGAACUACUACUACACCAUCGCAGGCUUGGGCAUCUCUCUUUUGCUGCAUUGUUUCGUAUUUACCCCUCACUUUUCAAGUUGUGCCCUAGGGAACUGCUUGUAUGUGAUGCUUGUGAAUUGGCUAAACAUACAAGAGGUUCAUAUCCUAGUAUAGGA